AUGACGGCGGAGAGCGGGCCGCCACCGCCGCCGCCGCCGCAGCCGGAGGCGCUGGCGGCCGUGAAGGAGGAGCGCGGUGAGGCGGGGGCCGGGGUCCCGGCAGAGGCCGCGGGUCGCGGCGCUGGCGGGCGGCGGCGGAAGCGCCCCCUGCAGCGUGGGAAGCCGCCCUACAGCUAUAUUGCGCUCAUUGCCAUGGCCAUCGCGCACGCACCGGAGCGCCGCCUCACGCUGGGCGGCAUCUACAAGUUCAUCACCGAGCGUUUCCCCUUCUACCGCGACAACCCCAAAAAGUGGCAGAACAGCAUCCGCCACAACCUCACACUCAACGACUGCUUCCUCAAGAUCCCGCGCGAGGCCGGCCGCCCGGGCAAAGGCAACUACUGGGCACUCGACCCCAACGCCGAGGACAUGUUCGAGAGCGGCAGCUUCCUGCGCCGCCGCAAGCGCUUCAAGCGCUCUGACCUCUCCACUUACCCGGCUUACAUGCACGACGCGGCCGCCGCUGCUGCUGCUGCCGCCGCCGCCGCCGCUGCCGCCAUCUUCCCGGGCGGGGUGCCCAAUGCGCGCCCGCCUUACCCGGGCGCUGUCUAUGCAGGCUAUGCCCCGCCGUCGCUCGCCGCGCCGCCCCCGGUCUACUACCCGGCUGCGUCCCCAGGCCCAUGCCGCGUCUUCAGCCUGGUGCCUGAGCGGCCGCUCAGCCCAGAACUGGGCCCCGCGCCGUCAGGGCCCUCCGGUUCCUGCGCCUUUGCCUCGGCCGGCGCCUCUGCCACUACCACCGCUUACCAGCCCUCCGGCUGCGCCGUCGCCCGACCUGCCAACACUUCCGCCUAUGCGGCCGCCUAUGCGGGCGCAGACGGCGCGUACUCGCAAGGGGCCGGUAGCGCCCUCUUCGCAGCGGCUGGCCGGUUGGCCGGGCCCGCUUCGCCCCCCGCGGGUGGCAGCAGUGGCGGCGUCGAGACUGCAGUGGACUUCUAUGGGCGCACAUCUCCCGGCCAGUUCGGAGCACUGGGGCCCUGCUACAAUCCUGGUGGGCAGCUCGGAGGGGGCAGUGGAGGCGCCUACCACGCUCGCCAUGCGGCUGCCUAUCCAGGCGGAGCGGAUCGGUUUGUGUCCGCCAUGUGAGCCGAGCAUACAGGCGAAAAUUCAUAGAUACCUCGACUGUCUUUACGAACUAAGUAUUCACGAAACCUGAGGACAGGACUGGAGAGAGGAUCGAGUUGAAAGCCACAUGGGAGGGACCGAGCCGGAGGUUCAGGCGCAUACUCCCUGUGCACCGUGUACACACCGGUUCGCUUUGAAAAUGGGAGGAAGUGGGGAGAGGCAUCCUCGGCCCACGGACUGAGACAAUGGACCCUCACUGAGGCGAGGCUCCAAAGGUCGUGCCUUUCUGACAUUCUGACGGGGAGGGUCCUUGGCUCUAAAGGAGGCACAACGUAGUGUCUACACCAGAGUCUAAGGGAAUUGUGGAGAAUCACAUGACUUCACUCUUCCCCGUACUUACCAAAACCCGGGUCUUUUUACACAGUUCCAUCUCUUGUGCCUUUGACUACGUUAUUACAAAUAAAAGGCUCCGAUAGUGUCUUCCUAGUUAAGGUGAGGACAAAUUUGCAAAAGAGGUAACCAUUUUUUUUAAUGGGAAAGAUCUCUGCUUCGCUUGACCAGGGGCUGCUUUUCCCUGCUUCUGAGAACUGCAGACCUGGCUCUGAGUCUGGACGGUGCCCCAGCGCCACAGUGUAACCCAGUUCCAUCACUCACACCCCCAGUUUUCCCAUCUAUAAUACAAGAGGUCUGCAGAAUUCAACCGUCCCCCAUAUGAUCUUUGAGCGCCCAUCAUGGUUGUUGCAUAUCUGGCAGCAUGGGUGGGCCACCCAGGGCCUAACCCUAUUCCAAGGAAUGGAAACAGAGCUCAUGGCAAGCAUCUCUGGAUUAGCUCCAGGCACCGGUUAUAUCACAAUUUCUUGAAUCUUUCGAGCAUGAUGUGCUGAUCACUUGGCAGCUCUUACUGCUGGGUCCUAAGUGCGGUUUUCCAUCGAGGCAGGUAGAAAUACAUUUGUCCAUUGCCCACGCUUUCUUUUCAUCAAGCAGCCUGGGACCCAAUGGGUGAACUAA